AUGUCACCUAUUACUAACGAGGCAACUAUUGAAAAAUUAUCAACAAUGUUAGUUGAUACAUCAUUACCACUUAAACUUCGAUUUCGUAUACUAUUUACUUUGAAAAGUCUCGGUAGUCAAAAUGAACAGCAAUUAGAAAAAACUUCUGAAAUAGUUGAUGCUAUUUCUGCAGCAUUUAAUGAUACAUCAGCAUUACUUAAACAUGAAUGUGCUUAUUGUCUCGGCCAAAUGGGUGAUAAAUAUGCUAUUAAUAAACUUAUUCAAGUGUUAAACGAUUCAAAUGAAGAUUCUAUGGUUCGACAUGAAGCAGGAGAAGCAUUAGGUGCAUUAGGAUGCUUUGAUAAUUCUGAUGUUGUCGAUGCUCUAACUAAACAAAGUCAAAAUCCACGAGCAGAAAUCUCUGAAACAUGUCAAAUUGCACUUGAUCGUUUAGCAUGGCUAAGAAAAACUGCCUCGAAUAAUGAAUCAUCUUCGAAUUCAAAAGAAACAGUCUAUACAACAGUUGAUCCAGCUCCACCUCUUCCACCAACAACAAUUGAUGAACUUAAAACUAUUUUAUUGGAUGAAAAUCGAUCAUUAUUCGAACGAUAUCGUGCUAUGUUUGCUUUGAGAAAUAUUGGUAGUGAUGAAGCUGUACUUGCUAUUUGUGAAGGAUUUAAAGCAUCAAGUGCUUUAUUUCGUCAUGAAAUCGCUUUUGUACUUGGACAACUUCAAUCAAUAUGUUCAAUACCAGCACUUCAUCAACAAUUAUCUAUACUCGAUGAAAAUUAUAUGGUUCGACAUGAAUGUGCUGAAACAUUGGGUUCAAUUGGUACAGAUGAAUGUCGACAUAUUCUUGAAGAUUAUUUACAUGAUAAAGAACGUGUUGUUCGUGAAAGUUGUGAAGUCGCUUUAGAUAUCGUUGAUUAUGUGAACAGUAAAGAUUUUCAAUAUUGUAAUGGAUUAAAACUUGUUGAUUCAGAAUGUUGUUAA